AUGAGUACGUCCUGCUUUCCCCUCAUACCCCAUAUUUCUGCUCACCACGCACCGAUAACAGGCAGCAGCUCGCACACCUUGGGCGGCCCGUCUACAUCUGACUCCCACGGAAAUUCGCAGUCCUCGCUGCCCACGGACCCGGGUGUGCCCACUGCCUCCAGGGAGAUGUCUUUCGCGGAGGCCCUUUUUCACCGCAACCAAAAGGCCACUCUCGACCUCUUCACUCAACUCGCUCAGGAAAGGGAUGCCCUCGAACGCGUGGCCCGCACCACCUCCAUCCAACAGGCCACCCAAGCCUCUCACACACGUGCCCUCAUGAGCGCUAUUGCAGAGUGUACAGAGCGGCAAUCGACCAUGGAACGCUCCAUCCAUGCCAUUCUUGGACGCCGUGCGGAAGGAGAGAAGCGUCUCAGGGAAGGCAUCAUGGAGAUGUUUAGGGUCAAAGAGCAGCACGACCGGCGCUUGCAGCACGAGAUAGACGAUCUGUUUGCCGCUAGCGCCGACAUCCUCCUCCAAGUAAGGAAAAUCGCUGACGGCCUUUCUGGCAUCGCUGCGGAUCCUCCCAAACAUGACAUGGUAUUACUAUCUUCCCUGCUUGCACUGUCCUAUCAUUGA